AUGUCCCCUCGCGAGAGGGCACCUCAGCAUCAUGCAGAAUCACAAGCCAACAAUGUGAGCUCAAACGCUCUGCUAUCCGGUCACGGCGCAAAUGGCGCAAAUGGCGCAAAUGGCAUCGAUGCGACAGUCUCGAGUAUUAACGACUCAACAGGAGAAGCAGGUCCAUCACAACCAAGAUCCGUCGGAAGCAACCGAGGAUCCGCUUCUGCUCAGCAGCGGAGCAAUACGCCCAAAGUGCCGACCAAACGGAGGCGAAUCGAUGCAGAGCUUGCCUUCUCCAGUCCUGGUCCAGCAUUUCAACUGCAACUGCAGCAGCAGCAGCAGCAGAACCAAGCACAGGAGGAGAGUGAUCGUGCCUCAGGUCGGGCUCGCCGACCACGCCCAAGUGCCACUUUGCUCAACAGCAACAGCAACAGCAACAAUUCGCAAUCUCCUCCUUGGCCUCCUUCCGGCACAACACGGCAAGAAUCGUCAGGCGAAGCAGCAGCAGCAGCAGCAGCAGCAGCAGCAGCAGCAGCAUCAGCAUCAGCAUCAGCAUCAUCAUCAAACCUUAACUCCAUCAAAGCCAACUCGCGAAAUGAAAGGGCACGAGAUCAGUCUCGCAGCGCUUCAACAAGCUCGGAUCUUCCGAAUCUACAGCAAAGAUCUCGAUCACCAAGCAGAUCAGCAGUCAAACUCGAAGCAGAUCCGCUCUCACUUGCACAAGUAGAGGAUGCAGAAGCAGACCAGUGUCCGCCCACAGUUCGCUCAAGCCGCGCCAAGCCAGAAAUCACACCUUUGGCUCAGUUUGCCACCGUGGCUCCGCUCUCUGAAAUCCUCGACCGUCGAAAGAAGGAGAAAGUUGCAGUGGCGCAGUCAGAUCUCGAACAGGUCCAUGAUGACCACGACAUGCUCGUUCGUGAGCUCUUUCACCUCACCAAGUUCGUCACCAUGGUUGGAUAUGAUCCUCAUCUCGCACGCAACGACCAGAGCGACGUCUUCACCACCUUCAAACAUCAGCAUGAUCUUCGCUUUACUCUCCAUCAAUCAGGCUCCGCUGCCAGUAUAUCCACACCAGCGCGUAUCACUCGAAACCGUGUCAAUGCUAGACUCGAGAGUCUUUCCCUCAGACGUCCUCAGCCUCCCAGCAAUCCAUCUACACCACCAUCCACCACCAAUGCAGCAAAUGCCAGUCGCGCCCCAGAGAAUGACAGAAGCACAAGAUCGUCUAGCAUCCUCGACUCCAAGUCUCGCUCUAACAUGCCCGCUCAUUCUCAAAGUGAUCCUGGUGACGAGGAUGAGGAUGAUGGCAGCGAUGCAGAAAGUGCAGGUUCAGAUCAGGAUACUAGUAUGCGCCCUGCCAGAGGCAAGCGCAAAGGAAAAGCUCGAGAGGAGAGGCUGCAUUCUAUAGGCAAGCAAGCUCCUUCCUCUACUGCAAAGUCUUCAAGACCUCAGCGCUCGCUCGUUGAAGAGAUUUCCUCCGAUGCACCCGUCAAGCCUGCAGGCCUUCGCAAGAGCAAAGCUCGAGACCAGCUCGACGCCUUCAUCCUACGACAUCGACCACGACCUUUGCCAGAUCAUGUCCCCCCAUUGCACAUCCUUUCUCCACUCCAGCUUCCAUCACUGAGACGCUUCGGAGGCAACCUCGAUGCAUUGCUGCAAUCUUUCCAUCUUUUGCACGAUGGCGAAGGCUCUUGGCAAGCAGCAGGUAGCGAGGAUGCUCAUCUCCAAACCUACAUCAAGCUCGACCAGAGAUGGCGCUCAGGACUACCCUUACAUCCGCAAGCUGGAUCGACGACUCGUCAUGUUGCUCACAAAAAGCCUCGCACAAAGUCGCACCAGGACCAUCUACUCGAAGCUGUCGCUGCAAGCUAUCCUCAAAUCCGUCAGUUCGCCAGGCACAAACAGCAGAAUGCUCGCAAAGUCGCUCGCAUCGUCGCACAGCACUGGGAGCGACAGCUAGGAACCUCGCAACGCGAGAAGAAGGCAGAAGAGAGGCGCAUUCGUGCCUUGGCCAAAUGGACAUUGCGCGAAGUGCUCAAGCAAUGGCGUCUCGCCGUCAAUAUCGUUCGAGCCCGAAAAGCAGCUGCCGACAAGGCUGAGAAGGAAAAGAUGGACAAAGAACAGCUCAAUGCGAUCCUCGAACAAAGUACAGCUAUGCUCAAGAAGCAGCACCAAGUCAUGACUCGCGCCAACAGUCUCGUCGACAGCGAUGACGAGGCCAGCGACCGGACAAGCUACGGUAGCAAUGCAAGUGUCGAGCCUGACGGUUCGGGUGUUGAGGAAGAGGCUACUGAGGCAGACCAAGCUUCAGACGCAGAGAUCGGCCUCAGCGAGACCAAGGAGGUGGACACUAUCCGACAGAUCUCCUCUCCCAUCAAGCGUCAUCGAUCCAUCACCGCGACUCCUGCACCUUCGACGCCUGCCACCGUUGACACAGACGAUCCAAUGCCCAGCACACCAGCACUCCAAGAUGCAGAUGCAAGCGUCAACGCAGAUUCAUCGGUCCAGGCAGCAAGCCCACCUCCAAGGUCCAGACCAAGUGCACGAGGUGCAGUUGAGCAGACCUACCAAGCGAAGAACUCCAAGCUCCAUGCCGAUGAUGUUGAGUUCGAUGCCGAUGCUGAUGAUGGAGAGCAAGAGGAUGCUGAGCUCGAGCGUCAGAUGUGGGAAGAGGACGAGCAAGAUGAUAGUGAAGAUGCAGGUCUGGAGGCCGAUGCCAAUAUACCCAUUGAAGAGCUACUCAAGCGAUACGGCUAUAGCCAGGAUGCGGAACGAGAGGCCGACGAGGAAGACGAUGCUGAGAGCAAAGCUCCUCCAAAGGAAGAUGAUCAAGAUCAACCUGCAACGCCGAAGAUGGAGGAGAUGGAAGAGGACGUCGAUGCAUCGAUCAAAGGAGAGAUGCUCGGAGAGGAGCCUGACGAAGAAGAGCUUGACGAAGAGGAGCCUGACGAAGAGAUGACAAAAGACGCUCCCAGCUCUAAUACGCUUGUUCGGCCUGCCGACGCUCUGCUCGACGAGGUGCACAGCGACACAGAAUCAGCUGCGACAAGCGGUCGUCGCAGUACCAGUCGUCGUUCAAUGACACGUGCCUCCUCCAUCGUCUCCUCCGAUCGUCAGGCAGCUCGUUAUCGCCAACCCUUUCUGCUUCGCGGACAGCUUCGACCCUACCAACAGAUCGGUUUCGAGUGGCUGUCCAGUCUGUACGCGAACGGUGUCAACGGUAUCCUCGCCGAUGAGAUGGGUUUGGGCAAGACCAUCCAGACCAUCUCUCUCCUCGCACACCUUGCAUGCGACAAAGGCGUCUGGGGUCCGCAUCUCGUCGUUGCCCCAACCAGUGUCAUGCUCAACUGGGAAGUCGAAUUCAAGAAGUUCUUGCCCGGUUUCAAGAUCCUUUCCUACUACGGCAACCAGAGGGAACGCAAAGAGAAGCGUAUUGGAUGGAACACGGAAAACAGCUUCAACGUCUGCAUCACUUCCUAUCAGAUCGUGUUGGCGGAUCAACACAUUUUCCGCCGCAAGCCCUGGGUCUAUCUGGUGUUGGACGAAGCGCAUCACAUUAAAAACUUCCGAUCUCAAAGAUGGCAGACACUGCUAGGCUUCAACUCGCAGCGAAGACUCUUGCUGACGGGUACACCGUUGCAGAAUAACCUCAUGGAUUUGUGGUCGUUGAUGUAUUUCCUUAUGCCUCAUGGUGUAACCGACCUGCCAGGUGGAGGAGCGUUCGCAAACAUGAAGGACUUUCAAGACUGGUUCUCCAAUCCACUCGACAAAGCGAUCGAAGGAGGAACCAGUAUGAACGAGGAAACGCGUGCAAUGGUGCAGAAACUUCAUGCUGUACUUCGACCUUAUCUCUUGCGACGACUUAAGAGCGAGGUGGAGAAAGAGUUGCCGAGCAAGUACGAACAUGUCAUUACUUGUCGACUCUCCAAGCGUCAGCGGUUUCUCUACAACGACUUUAUGUCGCGAGCAAAGACCAGGGAGAGUCUCGCGAGCGGUAAUUACCUCAGCAUCAUCAAUUGUCUGAUGCAGCUCCGCAAAGUUUGUAACCAUCCUGACUUGUUCGAGGUUCGGCCUAUCGUGACUAGUUUCGCCAUGUCGAGAUCUGUUGUAGCUGAUUACGAGAUCAAGGAUUUGCUCGUACGCCGGCAACUCGUGCAGGAAGACAUUUGGGACAAGGUCAACCUGGAUGUGACCAACUUCAGGAUCACGAAUGGGGAAGAGCACUUGACAGCAAUCGAAUCGCGCGAUCUGCGCAGACUCAACGCUUCCAAGAAGCUGCCUCAUUUCCACUCCAAGCUCCCCGACCCACCCGAGCUGGACACUUGGACAAUCGACAACUUCACCCAAACCCGCGAGCAGCGUCGCCUUGUCGGCCAGAUGGAGAAAUGGAAACAUCUCGCCUACAUCAACCAAUACCGAUGUACCAAACGGCCCAUCUUCGGCUCCGGUCUCAUCCGUAUCCUUCUUGAAGCAGGCAAGUCUUGCCGACUGGAACCUUUGGAACAGCAGGAAUCGGAUCGAAAAGAAUACCUCAAUCGAUGCGAUUCUCUACUUCGCAUAGUCCAAUCUCGUUCGACUAGACGGGAGAACAUGCAAGCCUUCAUCGACCGUUUCGCUUUCGUUACUCCCCGAGCAGUUGCUGUUGAUAUGCCACGCUACGCUCUACCCGGUUUCGAACCCUAUCAAUGCCCAGAGGUACUUGAGCCAGAGUUUGAUACGCUGCAUCCGGUGGCGGUAAAACUGCAUAUCGCAUUCCCAGACGCUUCCUUGUUGCAGUACGAUUGUGGCAAGCUCCAACAACUCGACCUCCUUAUGCGGAGACUGAAGGAGGGAGGGCAUCGGAUUUUGAUUUUCACGCAGAUGACCCGAGUUUUGGACAUCUUGGAGUCGUUCCUAAAUUACCAUGGGUAUAGGUAUCUUAGAUUAGAUGGAGCGACGAAAGUUGAACAGCGACAAGCGCUUACCGAGAAGUUUAAUCGCGAUCUUCGCAUUUCUGCAUUCAUUCUCUCGACCCGCUCCGGUGGGUUAGGGAUUAACCUGACUGGGGCGGACACGGUUUUAUUCUAUGAUUUGGACUGGAACGCAGCGAUUGAAGCUCAAUGUAUGGAUCGAGCUCAUCGAAUCGGUCAAACUCGAGACGUGCACAUCUAUAGGUUUGUUACUCAACAUACCAUCGAAGAGAAUAUGUUACGAAAGGCCAACCAGAAAAGGUUGUUGGAUAAUGUCGUUAUACAGGAAGGAGAGUUUAAUACCGAAACAUUAGCGAAAAGGAUCGAUUGGAGGGAUAUGUUGGAUCAUGCUAACACACUUGCUGGCGUGGAGGUGAGUGUGCCGGAUGAAGGCCAAGGUGGGGAUCGGGUGAGUGGUUGGGAGGUUGAAAAGGCGUUUUUGGAGGCGGAAGAUGAAGAGGAUCGGGUGGCGGCGGUUAGGGUUAGAGAGGAAGAGAUGGUGGGUGAUGAGGGUGAUUUCAACGAACAGCAGCAGCAGCAGCAGCAACAGCAGGGAGGAGGGGAGAGGAGGGAGGUGGAGGGCACUUCUGCGGUUGGUGAUCCUUCGAACGUUGCAAAUGGUCAAGAAGGAGGCGAGGAGGAAGAGGGGGAUGGGGAGGAAGAAGAAGGGGGUACGAUUGACGAUUAUAUGCUGGCUUUCGUUGAGCGGGAUUGGGAGUUGUUUGCGUAG